AUGAUACCCCAAACCAGUUGUCUAUUAGUCAAUAAUUAUAUCCCCCACUCUUUCGAGGAAAGUCUUCUCAGUGUGCAAUCAACCACACCACCACUCUGGAUUGGAACAACAUAUAAGCGGCUUCUAUUCGUCCUUCCGAUCCCGUUGUAUCUCAUGGCUCACCACGUCCACAUUCCUCUGAAGGCUGCCUGCCGCUCGUGGGUGCGGCCAUGGGCCGUCACGAGAUGCCCCUAUCGCGCGUUCUCGGGUGCAACUACCCCACUCCUCACUGUUACUGAAAGCGAGGCACUGCGUCAAUGGACAGAAUCUCCUCCUUCACAUACUCUGAAGGAUUCACUGAACAUAGAGCAUCUUGCCGAUCUCUACAUCACUCUGCCCACACGAGAUGGAACAAGGAGACCAUCCAAAGUCCCAGGAAUUGGAGAGUCAUUACCUUUCGGACACCACCUCGGUUUCUUCCACGCGCGGAGGGCCGAGCAGGAUUUACGCGCCGAUGCAACAGAUUCGGACAUCUCUCCUCCAGCUCCGUUCACCAAGAGGAUGUGGGCUGGUGGUAGGAUAACAUGGGAUAACACCAACCCUCUCCUGGUAGGCAAACCUACCCGGGGACUCUCCACAGUCGCGAGAGCAGAGAAGAAAGGUUUCGACAAAGGAAAGCCCACGAUCUUCAUCACGCAGAAGAUCGAAUACACGCAAGAUGGCCAAGCUGCCCCGUCUGUCGUGGAAGAACGAGCACAUGUCUACUUUCAUGCAGGACUGGUGGACAAGACAAAGAAGGUUUUUGACCGUGAAGUGAAAGGGAUUCCCGAGAACGUCGAUUUCUCAAUUAGAUAUAUACCAACACCCGUCACUCUAUUCCGCUACUCCGCGCUGAUGUUCAAUGCUCACCACAUCCACCUGGACAAGGAGUACUGCCAAAAAGAGGAGGGUUAUCCUGCGUCAGAACGUAUCGUGCAUGGUCCCCUAACAGCUCAGAUGCUCCUGGAAGCAAUCGACUUCCACUAUCCCGGUACGAAGCUAAGCAAAUUCGAGUACCGCGCCACAAACCCACUAUUUGCGAACCGGGAACUGUCGAUCAACGGGGCUUGGGUCAACGAUUCCAACAUCCAAGUGUGGUGCCAAGAUACGGGCAACGGGGUGGUUGGGAUGAAUGCCAUGGUCGAGAUUCAGACAUGA